AUGGAGCAGGCGCCCAUAGCCGUGGGCCAUGAGGUCCAGGUCGUCGACCCAGAUGUUCGUAUUUAUGUUUACAGCUUGGUCACCGCCCUGGGAGGUUUCAAUGGCGAAGACGCGGAGCGCUAUAUCUUGGGUGAUGACGCCAUAGCGUGUCUACGCGAUAUUAAACGAUGGUUGAAAUUAUAUGACGAAAAGAAUAACCGAAUGGACGUGGCACGGUGUCUCGGAGAAGCGAAUGUAGUGAAUGGCGACCUACUUCCGAUUCUUUCGCUCUGGGGGUCCAGCGAGAAGAAGGGCAAGCAUAUGACACGUAUUGCUCUAGCAUGCUUGGAACUUCUUGUGCCGUUAACAUGGCCCGUCGAGUUCCAUAGCCAGAUGACCGUGAAUCACCACCGCCACGCACCCUACAUCCAGCAAGCACAGGUUCAAUACAAGCGAGGUAUUCUUCGAAAUAGCGGCCCCAACAUCCUACACAGUAUCAUCAGCAUUGCUCUUCCUAGCAUGGCCAUGCCCCGAUCCGAGCGUGAAGCACGAGACGAGGGUAUCCUGAAGCUGCUGCUCUAUUUUCUUCGAAAUAUUGCCAUAAUUUCUACCAAUGCACGUCUCGCCGCCGAUGGUGACGAAGAGGAAACGUCAAGGUCCACUACAAUCGAUGUGUUCCAUGAACAGGAUGUAUUCGCCCUCAUCCUGACCAUGUGCUCAAACGUUGGUGACGACUUCAACUUGCAGGAUGUGGUACUAUUGGAAAUUCUAUUUCACCUUGUUAAAGGUGUCAAUGUUGAGAAGCUGUUCAUGGACGAUGACCAGAGAACAGUGAAGCGAACGGACGAGCUAGGUGAUCUUCUACAGAAGGAGCGCCAAUCACGCAGAGAAAUCACCAAACGCGCACCAACCCGACAUGGACGAUUUGGGACUAUGAUUUGGGUCAAACGCGACGAUGCAAAGGUAUCCACAGUUUCCGGACAAGAUGUCUUGCGUGACGAUAAAACCACCCUUCACAAAAUGGACCAGAGCAAAAAAUGGAACAAACCCCGCCCUCGUCGCAAGCAGGAAGACGCUGUUCAGAACAACAACUUCAACAUGCCUGCCUAUCUGUCAUCAUCCGCAACCAAAAAUCUUCGAGCCUUUGUAGAAGAGUUCCUCGACUCUGGUUUCAAUCCUUUGUUCAUCCAUCUUCGAAGAGCGAUUGAGCGCGAAGCAGAGCGAAUUCUGGAAAUCAAUUCCCGCCAAUACUUCUACACAGUAAGCUGGUUCCUAGAAGCUGAACGUGCACGACGAACUCGGCAGGCGAAGAAGAACGCACAAAGUGGCAAGUCAGGCAAGCAAGUGGAGCCAGAUAGUUAUGGCCUGGUGGCCGGUGUUUUGAACCAAGAGACGUUUGUAUCUUUGAAUCGUGGCAUGCAAAAGAGUCUCGAUAACAAAGAGUGGGAAGAUUUGACAGCGCAGAUGCGCUGCUUCACACAGAUCUUGUUGAUGGUUCAAGAAAUGGCUGCAUCGCCAAUCGAAGAAGACCAAGAGAUCGCGGACAAUAUUCAGAACCGCAUUUUCUACGAAGAGACAACUCAUGACAGAGUUAUCUCCAUCGUACGUGAUUAUAAGGAUCAGGGGUUCGGUUAUCUUGAUGCAGCCACGGAGCUUGCGCAUGUAUUCCUGCGCAUGCUUGAGCGAUACUCUAAGGAGAAUGCGGACAUGCAAAUCAGAAGCCGACGAAAGGCGAGGCGCAAAGAGAAGAAGGCCGCCCAAGCCAGUGCGCCCGGUGGCGCUAAUGAAGAAGACGACGAACAGAACUCUGAAGAUGAGGACUUGGUGGACCCCGCCCAGGUUGUGAAGGAGCGAGGUUUUGACUUCAGGCGCUUCGCAGCCAAGUUUUGCAAUCAAAAAUGUGUUGACACGUUCAUUGCGUUUACCGAGUUCUACCGAGAAUUGAGCUCAGAGCAAUUAAAACGUGCUCAUCGCUACUUCUAUCGCGUUGCCUUCAAGCAAGAAAUGAGCGUUCUACUUUUCCGCUUGGACAUCAUCAACCUUUUUAAUCGGAUGAUAAAGGGACCUGGAGGGAUGGCCUCAAGUACGUCUGUCUUUAAAGAAUGGGAAGAGUUGGUUCGUCAGCUCAUUCGACGCGUCGUUAAGAAGAUUGAUCAACGCCCUGUUAUGAUUACGGAGCUGUUGUUUAGCAAAAUGAACUCUAGUGCAUUCUAUCUGGAGUAUGGCCAUGAAAAGCAGACCAUAUCUACACCUAGGCGCGCGCCAGCAGAUUUAGAUAUCACUAUGAAGGAGGAAUUAUCAUCGCAAGCAAAACAGAACAUUGUGGCUGGUGCUCUUGCUCUUGAUGGACGGGCAGAUCUCGCGAAAUGGGUCAUUGACGUCUUGAGCUCCGCUGCCUCUGAAAGAGAGUCUUGGGGUGUUCAGGAUGAAGAACGUCGAGCAGAGAACCCUGACGCUACUAGCGCCCCCAAUCCCAUGAUUUAUGUGAAAGCUGCCGACGAAUUCUGCCAGAAUGCCAUGUUCUCAAACGCCAAACUCCGACUCCUCAUGGGCAUAGUUGGAUUUGAAAGGCUCGGAGUAGAAGACGUUCCUGGAGCCUCAUGGGUGAUCCCACCGAACUUGACUGCUAGUGAGAUGCGCGAAACCAUUUCGAAUAUUCACCAGACCAUUGUCAAUCCGAUACCGGAGGGUACCGAUGAAGACCCUCGUACCCUACUUAAACGCAAAGAAACCAAUAGCGGGCGAAAUAGCGGGGUCCACGAGAAUCUUGGUGUCAAAUUUGGGUCAGAGUCAGAGGGAGAAGAUGUUGUUCCGGAUGGGAUCUUGUUCCCUCCAAAUCCUCGAUCUAAGUCCAACGCCUUGGAUGAUCUGAAGAAGAAACGAAAGAAGAAGAGUAAGAAGGUUGAUGAAACUGAACAUGAGUCUUUGGAUGACGAAACACUGGAAGCCCGCCGACAAUUACGUCUCACCAAUACUUUGGCUCGCCAACAAAAGAUUAAGAGUGAUCUUUUCAUCCACCCAAGUGACGAAGAAAGUGACGCGGAAGGAGACCAAGAGUUCUUCCGCCUCGAAGAAGAGCGACGAAAAGCCCAAGCGGCGAAUGUCAAACACGCCCUCCUAACUGGAAUUGUUGAAAAGUCAACCGCAAAGGGCAAGAAAAAGGCAAGCGUGCGUAAACGCAAAAGCGACGAAGGAAUCUCUGCUGCCGGUAAAUCGAAACGACAGCGUCGUGGAUCCGACUCUGCUGAGAGUGGCCUUGAGAGUGAUGGGGAUGAUGAUAUCCUUAUGGCGGAUGUUCAAGACCAAUCGCCUCGCUCUCAACAGGAAGUUUCCACAAGCCAUGGCGCUGGUGAGGAUGAGGACACACCUCUGACAUCUGCAGAGGAUGAUAUGGAUUUUGAUGAUGAUCUUGCGUUCAGACGCAAUCCCCUGCCAAGGCCCUCGGAAUCCAAGAACGAUUCUGAUGACGAGUUAGAGGACGCUCCUGUUGUGCCACCUCGUCGUAUGCGAGGUGGAUUUGUACUUGACAGUGACUCUGAGUAA